CUGUAGCAUUCAGACCCUGUGGAGACUGGCUGUGUGGACGGAUCAGAUAAACGCCACCACAACCCACUGAUUGUAGUGCUGGUUAAAACAAUCAGAUCGGACAAUGUUAGCGCACAGAAACAGCCCAUAAUACUCAUGUCCUAUGAUGAGGCCACUGUGAAUCUCUGUCAGCAUGCGCUCUGUGGAGAGGAGGUGCGAAAGGAUCAUGUAGCUCCAGUCUACAUCAUCAACCUUCUGAUUUCUGAUCUACUUCAGCUCUGCUGCAUGGCCGUUUUCCUCACCACCCAAUCAGAUGCUGCCAGAUUUAUCUACUUCUUUGGUCUGAUUUCCAGCGUUGGAUCCAUGGUUUGUGUUUCCCUAGAAAGGUAUUUGGCCAUCACCCAGCCACUGUGGUACAGAUUCAGAAGAAACAUUAAGACCUCUGUGGUGGUCUGCAUCAUGGUCUGGGCCAUCCCCUGGAUUUAUGCCCUCCCUCUCUAUUUCAAGGCUAAUUUUCCAGUUAUAGUCACCAUUUGUGGGGUCUUCCUCCUCCUGCCCCUCCCCCUGUUCAUCUUCUUCCUGGUUGGGACCAUUAAAGCCCUGUCUGCAGCUCGCAGCGUCCCUGCUGAUGAAAAACGAAGAAUUGUGGCCAUUCUGGUUGUGCUGCUGUUUAUUUACAUGCUCCUAUUCCUGCCCAGCAUCAUUUGGUUUUUAGCAGGCAAACACAGAUGUAACCAGAGUUUCUACAACGUGGCUUUCACUUUGCUUAUCUUCAGUCCUCUUGCAGACUUGGUUAUGUAUAUUUUAAUCCGGAAAAGUGUCAUGGACAAGUUUCUGGUCUCACUGUGUUGCUGUAAAAUGUCUAACAAUCCGCAGACGAGCAGCAUGAGUAAUGACAGCAUGUCAGCUUCUUGUAAUCAGGUUGUAUGAGUCUAAAUAUGGAUGUUUGAAGCUGAUGCUGCUCCUUUUUUCCUUUACUUAAGCUAUAUGAUAAAAUCUUGCUGUAUGUACAGUAAUAGUUAAAAGUUAUCUAGAAAAGUUGGGAUACUUGUGGGAACUGGUAGCAGCGACUUUCAAGGCUUGAUCGACUUUCAUUGCUGCAGAACAGUUUUUAUUUGUUCUCUGAAAUGUUGAUUAUACAUUUUCAGCUUUGAGUAAACUUAUAAUUUUUAUUUAACUUCUGGACGUUGACCACUCAGCUGUACCAUUACUGGACUGGAAUGCUGGAAGUUCAACUAAAAAUCUGAAACUUUGGGGGUAAAACAGUAACCAAAUUAAACAUUUUUAUUUAUGACACUUUUCAGACAAAAGCAACUCAAAGUGCUUAAAACAAAGCAGUCAGGGACAAACAUUUACGUACAAACAGACA